AUGAAAAGGCUUUUAGGCAAAUUACUUUCCCCAUCAAAUUUCGAAAAUACUCCUCUUCUGCUCUUGGAGUGUGCACUCGUCGAGAGGCGAUUGUUCUCUACUUGCGGCCGAUUUAACUCAGCAAAUAAUAGUAAUACAACAUCAUCCAAGAGGCAGAACCAAACCAUCGGAUCCACACAAAAUUCGGCACAAGAUAAACUUGAAAAGAAGUUGAGCAAAAUUGAAAGACUCUUCGGAAAGAGUUCAUCAAAAGCAAAGGAUGGUAAAAAGCAAGUUCAAUCAGUUGCAGAGAAGGAAGUAAAAAAUACAUCAUCUCCUUCGCCCAUUACUUCUCCAUCAAACAACCAAAUUCCAAAAAAGAAUGAUCGCAUGGACAACCUCUUGAACCAAUUUCUUGAUUCUAGAACUAUGAGCGACCUUUCUUCUGAAGAAAUUGAAAAAUUCAAAGAAACACUCAACCCUGCGAAGAAAAAGAGCACAAUCUUGUCACCAGUGUUGGGAAGUAAGCCUAUCGUUGAAGGAGAGCAAGAUGAAUCGCUUUUGGAGAAAUUGAAAGCUCCAUUCUAUUAUAAAACAAUUUUGAGACUUAUAGAAAAACAAACAUAUUUAACACCAGAGGACAUACAUUCCAUGAAAGAAUAUGUUAAAAAGGAAUUUAGAGAUAGAAGUAAAAACGUUGAAGAGCAAUACCAAAUAGCAGAUAAUUUUGUUCAUAUUAUGAGAGCUAAAGACCUAAAGAGUGCAAAAUUAGCUCUCGAUAUUUCGGAAGAUUCAAACGUAUUAGAAGAUUCAGAAGAAUUGAACUAUUGGAAUAAUUACUAUCAACAACAUGGAUUUAUGGAUGAGUGGUAUGGUGAUUGGGAUUUAGUGAAAAAUUUUCUCCCUGAAUCCAUUCAAAAAUUAAAGACGGCUCCAACAAAGGAAACGUUAAAGAUUCUUGACGUGGGUUGUGGAUUCUCCACUGUUUCUUUGAAGUUGUGCGAUUAUUUCAAUAAGCAAAGAUUUUCCAUAACCUCUAUUGACAUUAGUAACGUUUUGAUUGGUCUAAUGAAAGAGCAAUAUGCUGAUAUCCCAGAUAUUAUUGGAUUUUCACAAGUAGAUGUUAGAGACAUGGAGAAAUUCUUUGAAGAUGAUUCUUUUGAUAUUAUUUUUGAUAAGGGAACAUUUGAUAGUAUCAUGUCUUUUGAUUCAUCAUCCAUUGAAGAUAUCACAGCUUAUGAAUCUGAAAUAUUUAGAGUUCUCAAACCUGGAGGCGUAUUGAUGCUAUGUAGUGUUACACCUCUGGAAGGAAUUGAAGGAUUCUUCUCUGGUGAAGGUUGGUCGAGUGUUAAACUCGCAGGUAAAAAGAAUCUUCUUGAAGAUCACAACAAGAGUCGAAAACUACAGCUCUCACAAGAUAGUGCCAUACAUGAUGCCCAUGUUUACUUUUACCAUAUUAAAAAACCUAGUCAAUAA